UUGAAUGACCUUUCACCCAUUUAUGUAACUUAUAAGCGAUAACCUUCAUCCACUUCAAAGACAUUCAAGUUGAGCACACAGAAAGAACAACAUGGCAUUGAAAUGGGGUAUAGUGUCUGCUGGAAGAAUUUGCCACGAUUUUGUCACCGCGGUCCAAACUUACCCAGAAACGGACCAUAAAAUCGUCGCAAUCGGAGCCAGAUCUUUAGACAGUGCCCAAAAAUUCGCCACCGAACAUAACAUUCCCAAAGCAUAUGGAGGAUAUGAAGGGCUCGCCAAAGACAAAAAUGUUGACAUUGUGUAUCUUGGAAACCUAAACCCACAACACUUCGAGGUGUCUAAGCUGAUGCUAGAGAAUGGUAAACACGUUCUGUGUGAAAAACCUUUCACCAUGAACGAAAAACAAACCCGUGCUUUAGUCGGCAUUGCCCAAAGGAAGAAACUCUUCUUAAUGGAAGCGGUAUGGUCCAGGUGUUUUCCGGCGUACAAAGAAAUGAAACGUUUGUUGGAUUCUGGAGCUAUCGGCGAUGUGUUGUUUGCUUCGAUUCAUUUUGGCCAUGCUUUACAACACGUUGAUAGACUCAAAGCUGUAGAGUUAGGAGGCGGCGCCAUCUUGGAUUUGGGGGUUUACAUCCUCCAGUUCCAGCAAUACGUGUUUCGUGGUCUACGUCCCAUCAAAAUUGCUAUAAAUGGGCAACUAAAUGACCAAAAAACAGAUGAAAGUGCAGCUGCUAUUAUAACAUAUCCAGAGGGUAAAAUGGCGGUGGUUAGUACUUCGGCACGUAUAUCGUUGCCAAACGAAGGCAUUGUUGUUGGUACUAAAGGUACAAUUCGCAUGCCUGACUUCUGGUGUCCUACUAAACUUAUAACCCCUGAGAAAACAUACGAGUAUGAGUUACCCCAAACUCCAGUCCCUUUUUUCCACAAGAAUAGCGCUGGAUUAGCGUAUCAGGCGGAAGAGGCACGACAGUGCAUUAAAGCUGGUAAGAUUGAAAGUCUUCAUAUGCCUCACCAGGAAUCAAUUGAGUUGGCGCAGCUAAUGGAUCUAAUGAGGAAAGAAGUCGGAGUUGUGUUUCCGCAAGAUUUUGAAUGAAAAAUGGUUUUGUUAAAUAUAUUCAUCUACGUUGUCUCUUACUUUGCAGCGCAAAAUAAUAAUUCAAACGUUACUUCACUGUUUUGAAAGUUUAUUGUCUCACUUACCUUUGUAACAUACAAACCUGAAAAUAAAUAAAUAUA